AUGUUCGCCCUUCUCUACCUCGUCUCUUUCGUCGAUCAACUGACCGUCUCCAUCACCUACGCCCUGAACCCCUACAUCACCUCGUCCUUCGGCAAGCAUGGCCUUCUCGCCACCGUUGGCAUCGUGUCCAGCAUCGUCGGCGCCUGCACGUCCCUGACGCUCGCCAAGGUUAUUGACAUUUGGGGCCGUAUCGAGGGCUUCAUCUCCAUGACUGUCAUCAUUGUCAUUGGCACCAUCAUGAAGGCGACUUGCCAGAACAUGGAGGCCUACGUCGCCGCUCAGACGCUUUGGUGGGUUGGCCACCUCGGCGCCCUGUUCACCAUCGACGUCAUGUUGGCCGAUAUGACUUCGCUGCGCAACCGCAUGAUCAUGUUCACUGUCAACGGCACGCCUCUGAUCUGCAGCACCUUUGCCGGCCCCAAGAUCGCCGACCUCUUCUACACGUACCACAACUUCCGCUGGGCCUUCGGCACCUUCGCCAUUCUCACCGUUGCCGUGGCCCUGCCCGUCGUCAUCGUCAUGCUGUGGGAGCAGCGCAAGGCUGAGAAGAGCGGCGUCCUCCCCAAGGUCGAGUCCAACCGCACCUUCUUCCAGUCCGUCAAGCACUACCUCAUUGAGUUUGACGCUGUCGGUAUCCUUCUCGUCACCGCAGUCUUCGCUCUCAUCCUGCUGCCGUUCAACAUCGUUCCCUACGCUCCCAACGGCUGGAAGACUGGCUACAUCAUUGCCAUGGAGGUCAUCGGUGUUCUGUGCAUCCCCGGCUUCUACGUCUGGGAGAUGUACGUUGCCCCCGUCAAGUUCCUCCCCUGGAAGUACCUCAAGGAGCCCACCAUCAUUGGCUCGUCCCUGCUGUACUGCGUCAUGUUCAUCUCCAUCUUCUCCUGGAACACGUACUUCGGCUCGUACCUCCAGGUUGUCCACAGGCUCGACAUCACCACGGCCAACUACGUUCUCAACGCCUUCUCGCUCGCAUCUGCCAUCUUCAGCCCUCUGUUCGGCCUGCUCAUCCGUUACACUGGCAACUUCAAGUGGGUCGCAUACACUGGUCUGCCCAUGAUGCUGCUCGGCACUGCUCUCCUCAUCCCCUUCCGCCAGCCUAGCACCUCCGUCGCCGUCCUCACCAUCACGCAGGUUCUCUGCGGUCUUGGUACUGGUAUGUUCGCGACGUGCGGCCAGAUCGCUGUCAUGGCCGUUGUCACCCACCAGGAGCUCGCCGUCGUCAUUGCCAUCUGGGGCAUGUUUGGCGGUAUCGGUUCUUCUAUCGGUUUUGCCAUUUCCGGCGCCAUCUGGAACAACGAACUGCCCGCCCAGCUGCUCAAGCGUCUGCCUGCCUCUGCCAUUGACGAAGCCGGUCUCAUCUUUGGCGACAUGGUUCUGCAAAUGUCCUUUGCCGAUGGCACCCCCGAGCGUGACGCCAUUGUCGACUCGUACGCCUACGUCCAGAGGCACAUGGUCAUUGCCGGUGCGGCUCUUGCUCCCCUCUGCCUGAUUGCCAUCUACCUCUGGAAGAAUGUCAAUGUCAACAAGCUCGAGAAGGAGCAGGGUAACCAGACCAAGGGCAACGUUUGGUAA